UUGUGACAGUGUUUACCAUAGGGGUCCGAACAUGGCUUCCAGCAGCAACAGCACUGACAACGGCAACAAUGUGCCACAGUGGAAGCGGGAAUUACUACAACGUCGCAAAAAAGUGCUCGCCAGCAACAGCAACGGUGCAAGCGUCAAGUUUUGUUCGUCUGGCUCUGCUGCCAAUGGUGGUGGGGUAGAAACUCCCGACACGAUCCUCUUCCUUGUUCAGGAUCAAAAUCAACUGAGAACUAGUGCUAGUGCUACUAGUGCAGUGAGUGUCAACCACGUCGCAGGAGGAAGUUUUGCGGGUGCGGUAUCUUCCUCGCGGGAAUCAAGCUGUGGCGCCGCAGUCGCGACCGCUGCUUUCGAAAGUUUACGUUCGCCAGUCGCGGGCAACAUGCGUCUUGAGGCGGGUGUUUGUUCCUAUUCGGAGGAUGGCGGUAGAAAUCCCGAGAUCGAGCACGAAAAGUCGAAAUCCGAGAAUAACAGUGAAAUGUACAGAGCCAGGAGAGUCGAUAGGGAGAGUGAAAGUGACAUUUUCCAGCUGAUCGAACUCUCGAAAAAAACUCGAGUCGGCAUGACCCUCGUAAGAAACAAAGUGUCCGAGGACUGUGAAAGUGACAGUUCCGAAGAGUUGCAGUACGGGCCUGGAAUUGUCAACAAACUGAAAAGCAAGUACCUUAACCUCACUUUGCGUGAAACGAAUAAGAGUCGAGGUUCCGUGCAACGAUUCAGGCGCGCCGCAAGUCUCGAGGAUCUACUCGACUGCGAAGAAGAUCCUCCUGAGAAAACGACCAACAAGUAUACAAAGAAAAAUGUGCUGACGAAAACAGAGAGAUACAGGAACACUUCGAGAGGCAAUGAUUCCAUGAAAAGGGCGAGGAGCGUGGAGACUCUCAUGAGAUAUAAUUCGACACCAGAGGAACCAAACUCUACGCUAAACCGGUUUGGGUCCGUGUUCAAACAAGAGCUCGUCAACGAUCAUAUUAUCCUGAUCGACAGAACGUCUGUGAAGAUCGAGAGUCGCUUGGAAGAUGCAGACCGGCCGAAGGCUGUCAACAAACCCAAGAGGAUCAAACCUGUCCUGGCGGAGACCGAAAGGCCACCACCGGAUCUAGUCAAGACCACUAUGAGAAUUUUCGAGGGUUCGGCAAAAAAGCUCAAGCCAAAGGGUGAGGUAGCUGUCAAAGUUGCGACCUUCAAAACCAUUAAUGACACAUUCAAAGCUCAAAAGCAGAAAAAAAUAACCCCCAAGCCACCCCUUCAACCUAAACCUUUUACGAAUGGGACUAACAGGGGUCCUAGUUCUCCAAAGAAGAUCGUUCUUUCGCAGAAGCCCAAUGCCGAGUUGACAGGAAAGCAGGAUAGAUUGGAAGAGUAUCGGAAUGAGGGUGUCAUCAUGGAUCCGAUUGUUCAAUCUGUCUCAUCGGUAGUUUCCAAAUUUCAGCAAAUCGAAAAGUCGCACUCUCCCUCAGCUUCCCCAGAACCAUCCUUCAAAAUAAAAUUCUCUCCAGCCCUGAGUCCAGAACCUUCGCUCAAUAAAUUAAAAUCCUCCCUCGAAAUUAUUGUUAAGUCGCCCCCAGUGACUCCGGUUUUGUCCCCGAGAAUAUCCUCUCCAAGGUUGUCUUCACCGGCAUCACCAGAGAAAGAUGUCACCAGGCAAAAUUCAGUUCCAGUUCACAAAACUUCAAGUCCUAGUCGAGAAUUUGUCAAACAAAUAUCUGCGCCAGAAUCUCCAAAAUUCUGGCAUCAAAUUGAGAAGGAAAAUUUGAAACCGACUUGUGAUGCAAAGCAAGAUGACAAGUUUCACAGUCCGGAAGUUGAGGUACUGGAAAUUGAAAAUAGUGAAUUUAUGGAAAUCAAAGACUGCAGGGUACACAAAGAGCUUACGGAGGGGGAGGAACCAAAAGAAAUUAAGGAAACAAAUAUCUCGUCGCUAGUGGAGGCUGCAAAAGAAAUUGAAGCAGUCGAUGGACCAAGGUGUGUUUCCAAAUCUGCUUUAGAUAAUAUUGGAAAAGCGGGAACAACGGUGCAGUUUACUUUCGAUAAUAAGUCCACCAAUCAUAAGAGUUAUUUACCUGGAGCAACGUCGAAUGGACAGAAAAUUUCAAAGGAUCUGCACCUUGGAAACAACCUUGAGCUUGUUAAAAGUAAGUCUCCUUCAUUGACAACAGCCACUCCUAAUGAUGAUGCUGCUUUGAAUAAUCAGGUACGAAUUCAAGAAAGGCUUGGGUCCGGAAAUAAUGAGAAAAAUAGUCUUUUUAAUAGGGAUGAGUCACCUAAUGUGGUGGAAAAUAGACCUAUUGGGGCAAUUUCAAGUUUAGGCUUAAUCAGGUCUAUGACAAUGAUCACUUAUCCUCAAUGCAACGAAUCUAAAACUAUAAGAUAUCAGCGGUCCGAGUCGAUUUCACCACCUCAAAAACAAAUAGGGAUCAUUCGACCAUUGGUUUCUACAAAAACGCAACUGCCACAGCAAAAUUUGAGUAACAGAGAACUAGAAAAAAAUUUAAUAAAUCGAGUCAAAAGCAUAGAACAACCUACAAAAGUUGUGGUCAGUUUGAAAAGUGCAGAGGAGAUUCAAGUGAAGAAAGUCGGUUCUGGGAGUGGAGGUCUUUGGGACACGAAGCCAUGGAAUCAACAAAAUAAUACAAUGGUCUUCAACUUUAGUAACAGAAAAGAUGUUCCUGAUUAUAUUGAAAAUGAUGGAAUGAAUAUAAGAAGGAAACAAAAUAAAUCAAAGGUUGGUGAAGCAGGUAUUAUAGUGUUAGACGCCACUUUGGACGCCUCGACGACUGAUGAAUCUGAUUGGGAUAUUUCUGAAGGACCACCAUCGCCAUGUGAUGUAUUAUUCCUGAACGAUAAUGUCCUUAUUAAUGGUCGAAGCAAUUUGUCGAAACAGCCGAGAAAUCACAAGCAUCGAAUUCAAUUCGAUGACGCUGCUACUCGUACUUUUGAAUAUCCAAGCGAAGCUUCCAUGCUUGAGGGCGAUGGGACCAGCGCGGAUGGAGAAACUUCCGGUUCCGGUAAGCCGUUGGCGAGUAACAACACUAGGCCAUCUACCACAUCUGUAACCGGUUUACCUUCACUUCUAGGUGCAGGAGCACUUGCAACAUAUACACCAAGCAAGGUCGACUUAACUUCCGAGGGAUUUGAGCUGGGAAUUACCAGGGCGACGAUUUCCAUACUUCCAACAGCAACCUCUACUGCGCAACCUGAGAGUCUUACUGAAGUAGAUUAUAUCAAGCCAGCUCAAAAUCCUGAAGCAUGGGGCUCUGAGACAACUGCGGACAUGUUGUUCUAAAAAUUCAAAUGCAGCAUUUCUUUAAAAAGAAGUGGAGGCAAUACGUGUAUAAGAAUGUCGUCGUAGAAAAGCAUUUUUUCUGAAGAAGAAGCCUUAUUUCUGCUCAACCAUCGUUCGCAUAAUGCUGUCUUUAAGCAUAGUUACGUUAAGCUGAAGAAUGUCUAUAGUUCCUUUCAGGUCAGAGAGUAAUUCUUAAAUUAAGAAAUCAAAUGCAAAUGGUGAAUUAAACGAAAAAGUCGUUACAGUACCAGAACGCAAUUCCUUCAGAAAAUUGUUAUAAAACUCCAGUAAGUCACCUACAUAUUUAUUUUCAUUUGGAUUUAAACAAGCGGUUAAAAAAAAAUUGGUCUGGUAAUUGUAUUUAUUGUCAUUCCAUUGAAUGUAGCAAGUGAAUUUGAAUUAAUUUUUCCGAAGGAUUCGCUACAAUUCGAAAUUCGGUUCCUAUUAGUUAUUUUCACUUGAACCACCAGCUAACUUCACUUCGUUGAUCGCUGAGGGGAAAACAAUGGACCAAAUCCACGGAAUGCGGUCCAUGUUUUCACUAUUUGGCUAAUAUCUUCGUAAAAAGUAAUUUUUUCUAUGCAAGUAUUUUUGACAAAUAGUUUUUAUUUUUUAAGGACUAUUUAAUGAAAUAAUAAAAUGAUAAUUAUUAUUCAUUAGAAAGAUAUUACAAAAAUAAGGAUAUGCCCCAUUGUUUUCCCCUCAGCGAAGUGAAGUUAGUUGGUGCUACAAGUGAAAAUACCGAAUUGAAGGUUGCGGCGUAAUUUCAUCCGAAAGUUGAUUAGACGUAGAUAAGGAAGUAACUAAACUAUGUCAUUCCAUUAUGCACUUACUUUGUACUCUUUUAUUGUAACAAGCACGCAAAUAUUUUUUAUGUGAAGCGUCAAAAACUGCCAGCGAUGAGACUUUUCAAACGUCAAUCAACGCGGUGAAACCACUGAUCGAUCUUCCGUCGUACCAGAGCGCAUACAAUCUUUUUGGAGGAUUAAUAUCCAGAAGGAUUUAAUAAUACAGAGAUUUUUUAAAUUACUUUAUCCCAAGUUCGCAGUUUUAUGCGAGAAUUUUUUAGGCGUCAAUGAAAUUCACUAACUGUAAGUGAUUUUUGAAACAAAUGAGAGGAAAAACAUACAUACAACUUUAUAUUUGUAAAAGUUACGCCAAAGUAGGGCGUAAGUUUACAUAAAAGUAUUUAGUAAUUACACACCCAACUUUCGAUCCUUGCAAAUUGUAAGAAUUAUACACUCGAUAAUUUCAUUCCAGGGUAUGUCAGAGCGUCUCAUAUUCACGCUUAAAAUCGUCGAUGAUUGUGAAAAUUAUAGAGCUGGGCUAUCGAAAUGAAACUUUAAGUAUACGAAAGUCUAGUAAAAUUGAAUACAAUAUUUGUAAUGGUCACCUUGUAUUUCAUAGUAAUUCAAACAUUGGACCUUUCAAAGUAAAUUAUCAUUUCUAACAACUAAUCACAUUCCAUACUGUGAAUAAUCAUAAUAUAAUCAAAGAGAAUUUAGUUAUAAAUUAUUGCCCAGCUCUCUGACGAAUUAAACCACUCUCUAAAUCGUUCUUAAUCAUUGUCUUCGGUUUCAUAAUUUUGGAAACGGCAAAAGCUUGUAAAGCUCGGCGUACUCAAUCAAUUAAUAUUAAGCGAAUCUAAUUCUGUAUAUAUACUAAAUUAUUUUUGUUCCUGCAGUCAAGAACAAAAAAAUGCUUCGAUUAGUCUCGAAGAGUUCAAACAAGUGGAUUUCUUUAAGAGGAACUUGUUAAAAUAUAUUCUUAAAUUGUAUUAGCAUUUGAUGUGUGAUUGAAUCAACAUGUGUGUGCGUGGGUGCGUGCGUGCGACUGACUGCGAAAAAGGGACCUAACGCGGGAAAAAAAUCGAUUUUUAGUUGUUUUUUUCGCUUUCAUAAUAAAAAAUAUUAUUACUACAUCUGAAAAAUUCAUAUUGUUAUUAAACUGCAAAGUGAGGCCUUCUUAUGGAGUUCCUUGUAUUGGACCGCCUCAUUAAUCGCUCAUCCUGUAAAAUGACGCUACCGCGUGUUAGGUCCCUUUCUUCGCGAAUGGUUACAUAUGGUAAACGUAAAUCUAAUUUAUUACGAGAUCGCGAACCGGUUAUGAAGAACACGACGAUUCUUUGGGGAUAUUUUUGAUUCCUCGAUUGGGUCUUUUUUUUAAAUGUGUUUAAGUUUUUUGGUUCGGCGGAUCUUUGUCAUUGUGAUGUACUAUUUUCGUUGAACGAUUUUCUUUUUUUGUCUUUUGCUUUUUUUUAUUGUUUGAUGCGUAGUCAGUAGGUCAGUCUCACAUCUUUAGCAUCUUACAUUGUGAUAUUCUCAUUAAUUGUCAGUAUAACGCGAAAAAUUCCGAAACGCAUUUCUAUCAAUUCUGUAUACUUAUCUGAUUGCUGAUCGAAGCACCCGAAAAUCGAAAGAACGAAAAACUCAACUGUGUUUGGUACUCAAAUGUACUCAAAAUAAAAAGCUCAAGUUCGAGUGCUUAAAGAUACUUCGAUCAAGUGUCUCAAAGCGAAAACUUCAAUUUUAGUGUCAAUCUUGUCAGCUAAACUUUAAUAAUGUAAAUUUUCUAGAAAAUUGAAUCGGUUCAUAAUUUCUGAGAUUCGACAGUGCAGUUUGUUUCGCGAUUCAAUAUACCGCCGUUUACGAUCUCCUCAUUAUUCUCAGAGGAGUGAUUUAAUUAUUGUGUAGAUUAUUAUUGUACAUUAUCAAGGAGACUUGACUGUGUAGUUCCGCGGAAGUUGGUGAACCAUUACCCAAAUAAGCGAAAAAUAAAUAGUAUUAAUCUACGAUAAUGGUUAAUAUUCAAAGCUUGAAAUCAUACACAUGGACGUGUGCAUUAUUAUAGAAGGACCCAGGCUCACAAAGACUAUUGAUCUAUUCUCCCGAAAGUACAGCAGAUCCUCCAGGAAAUGUGUGACACGUCCUCCUCCAAUUGUCGCCGCUGUGCCGGAACCUUGAUAUUUUUAUUAGGGCGCAAAAAGUUUGAACUGUGUAAUUUUUUAUUAUUUCUUUUAUAGAUGAAAAUUUAAAAUAUAUAUGUUCGGAAAUACAUAUUACCUUGCGAAUAAUUUACAAUAUUUGCAUGAUCGGUCUUGUCUCUAUCCUGCAUUAAAUCCAUCCUCUGGCAAUUAAAAUUGUGAUUUGAAAAUCGCGUCAACUCGUUCAACCCAACCAAAUUCGGUACAGCGGCACCAAGCUGAAUUGGAAUACCCAGUGUCUCUCUCAACUAUCCCUGGAGGAACUCCACUCGAACCAGUUGUGCUUUACUUUGCGCGCCUAUUAUUACGCUGGCUCCUUCUAAUUCAUGCGUCCAUGUUAUUACAUAUAUCUACCAAUUAGCGGUAUUGUGUGUUGUACUGUUUGUGUGUUAUAAAUUCCUGAAAAAAUAAAAAUCGCUGCGUACAACAGAAA